GACUAGGAAAAGUAAGCUGCUGUGCUGCUAUUUGCGAGACCUCACGAAACUCUCCGUAUAUUUACACGUAUUUUCAAAAAUGCGUGGUUCUCAGUUGAGCGGUUCAUUUGGGUGUGAAUGGCUAAUUAUUAUCUCUCUUCUCAGAGUGAGGACAUGAUAAGCCGGGUGUCAUAGCAGUUUGGGACAGCUACACUACGGAUUUACAGAGACCCGGAAGUAGUAGGCUACAAGCGAGUUGCUCCAUUUGUUUGUGUGAGUUUGGUGGAGAAACGAUCAACACGCGAAUGACAAGUUGAGCGUCGGUGAUGGAAAAUGAGGGCAUUGUUUUGAAUGCCUACGUGAAAACGAUGCCGACAUUUAUCGGCACUUACGACGAAGAUAACGAAAGCAAUAUAACAGAUGAGUCCAGCGAAGUUGGGGCACCAAGCACAUAUUUUGUGCAGGAUGAUGGGGAAACCAAAGUGUGUGUUCCUGACAGUGUUUUGGAACUGCAUAAGCACAGACCUGAAAACAAAGACAGUGUUGAAAGAGACCGAAAGACCACUGCAGUGGAUAUUUUAAGAAGAAAUUUCGGACGUUCACGUCGAAACUUCACUUUCACGGAGGAUUACAGAGAUCCAGAGGAUGUAGUUUUUACAAUUAGCAACAUGCAAAUGGGACACUCCGAAACGAAUGAAGAACCCUCGGACCAUAAUGGACAAGUGGAAGUAAAGUUAGAAUGUCAAAUGGAAUCAGAAUUUUCCGAUGUAGAAGAUGUUGAAAUUAGGCCUGAUGAUUCAGAGGAAACUUUAAAGUCUAGAGUUAAACCUAAAGAAGACGGUAGUAUGCGUGAGUUGAAACAACAUGUCUACUGCUCCGUUUACUGUAUUGCCAACGACAGUUACAGAAAUUCCGUGGAUAUCACGGUAGGCGAAGAGGAUCAUCGGACAGUUACCCCCUCGACAUCCAACACAUCACUGGAACAAAAUACACAAUCCCCGCAACAGAGUGAAUCGGAGGUCACAGGAUAUCCCGAGCCUUUUACCUUAGCAGAUCUGGUGGAUGCUACCGCUUUGAACAACUUUUAUAAAGGGGAUUCGAGUUUGUCAGCUGUAUUGACUUGCCGCAUUUGUCUGGAAGAUAAACACAUAAAGCCGCUACAUUGUUGCAAAAAGGCUGUCUGUGAGGAAUGUCUGGAAACAUACACCAGUUCACAGGUGCGUGUGGGCCGUGCGGUCGUGGCCUGUCCAAUCACGGAGUGCAGUGGUUUCCUGGAGGAGAGCGUGGUGCUGGCCCACCUGGCCGCCGAGGACGUGGACAAGUACAAGUACUUCCUGGAGCUGAGCCGCCUGGACGUCGGCACCAAGCCAUGCCCGCAGUGCAACCAGUUCACCUCGCUCAAGAGCCGCGGCGGGGCACCCGCGUCCACCCGCAGCGCAGAGCACAAGUACAAGGUCCAGUGUAGUAAGUGCCAGUUUGUGUGGUGCUUCAGGUGCCACGCCCCCUGGCACGACGGCCUCAAGUGCCGCGACUACAGGAAGGGAGACAAGCUGCUGCGCGACUGGGCCAGUGUCAUCGAGCAUGGACAGAGGAACGCCCAGAAGUGCCCACGGUGCAAGAUCCACAUCCAGAGGACUGAGGGCUGCGAUCACAUGACCUGCACGCAGUGCAACACCAACUUCUGCUACCGCUGUGGGGAGAGGUACCGGCACAUGCGCUUCUUCGGCGACCACACCUCCGACUUGAGCGUGUUCGGCUGCAAGUACCGCUACCUGCCCAACAAACCCCACCUGCGCCGCUUCGUCAGGGGCUCAGUCUGUGUGACAAAACUGCUGUUGUGUCCAUUGGUGAUUGUGCUCACGGUGGUGGUUGGUGCAGUGGUCAUCGUUGUUGCUCUGCUGAUCUUCCCCAUCUACUGCUGCAAGAAGCGCAGGAAGAGGCCCCAAGGGACCGAGUACUGGUUCUCCUGAAGGGCCUCCACCAACUACAACUCCUUCUCCUCCUCCUACUGUUCCUCCACCACCUCCUACUACUGCUACUCCUCCUCCUCCAUCCCAUGCUACUCCACUGCUGCUUCUGCUUCUGCUGCUGGUCCAGCCCAGCACUGGGGUCAACGGAGGACACCGAUGGGUGGGCCCAUUGGCUACGGAUGAGCAGACAAACCAAAACACACAGACAGACACACAGACAGACACACAGACAGACACACAGACACACAGACACACAGACAGACACACAG